AAGAAAAAAUGAUAAAUCAGUUUUAUUCUCACUGUAGAGCAGCGCGUAAGAGAGCACAAAAAGCCCAACUCACAUCACCUUCAGCAUUAUUAUCCGUUGAGACUUCGAUCAGAGAGGAUCAAUCUACAACAGGAUGGCUUUCCGUUGCGUCAUAAUUUUCGUGGCCAUCGCCCUCCCAGCUGCUUGGGCCAACUCUGCCGGUGCCCCAGAUGUGGCUUGUGACGAUCUCGUGCCACAGCAUCAUGUUGAUCCACAAUCAACUCCGGCACCGUACAGCUAUGUACUGCCGAAGACACGCACCGUGAAACCUGGAGAAUCCAUUCAGGUGACAAUUCGGGGCAACAGCAAGACAGACACAAUUAAGGGUUUCCUGAUUCAAGCUCGUGCACCGGGCAGUUCUCAAUCUGUUGGCACCUUUGCAUCACUCCCUGGGACACUUAGUCAGGCACUGAGUUGCGGAAAUGCUCAAUCGAAUGCUCUAACUCACAAGAAGAUUGAGAACAAUCUGGAGCAAAUUACAUUCAAGUACACAGUACCUCAGGAUGCCCAAAAAGGGAAAGAAUUCAACUUUUUGAGCACAGUUGCUCUAAAUGGGGGCGUAUUCUGGGUGCGCAUCCCCUCACAAACUUUCACCAUUGGAUAAAUGAAAAAGAAAAGCUCAUCAACGAUACAAGCAAAACCACCCUUUGUUACCCUUUGAAUUUUAUAGAAAUCUUUUUAGAAAAUAAAGUUUAUCGUCCUUUUUUAUUGUGAGACAAA